AUGGAGGAAAUCAUUCAAUCUCGAGGAACGAUUAAAAAUGCAUGCAAGAAAAUGGUUGAUAGAUAUAGCACUUCAACUCGCCGAAUUUAUGAAAUCUGGAAAAGACAUGCCCAAGGAUUACCCCAACGCAAGCAACAAAUGAUAAAAAAUACUAUUCCGCCUGAAAAUGAUAGGCAGAGUAAAAAAAGAAAAUCUAAAUCCAAAUCAAUUCACUUUCCCCAUUCAACUUCUAUUAGUGAAGGGAUGUCAGAAAAAAUAAGUGGGGAUGAUAUAAGUACCCAUAAUGUAUCUACCUCUGGUAAUAUUCCUAAUACGGAUAUAGUCGAACUAAUUAGACUCAGUGAUAUUUCCACACUUGAUUUGUAG